CGGGGGCGCUGCCUGCGCUCCCCGAGUGCCCUCACUCUGGUCCUUGCGGGUCCGAAGCUGAGCCGGCUCCCGCGCCUCUCCACGUCGCGAAUGCUAUCCGCGCCUCCGGGGGAAGAUCCGGGAGGCGCGCUCGCUAGGUUUGCCCUGUAGGUACCUGAGCUGACAGGAAGGUGCCUAAAGAUGCUGAGCGGCGUUUGGUUCCUCAGUGUGUUCACCGUGGCCGGGCUCUUACAGACCGAAAGUCGCAAAACUGCCAAAGACAUUUGCAAGAUCCGAUGCCUGUGUGAAGAGAAGGAAAACGUACUGAACAUUAACUGUGAAAACAAAGGAUUUACAACGGUCAGCCUGCUCCAGCCCCCCCAGUAUCGAAUCUAUCAGCUUUUUCUCAAUGGGAACCUUCUGACGAGACUAUAUCCAAAUGAAUUUGUCAAUUAUUCCAACGCGGUGACCCUUCACCUCGGCAACAACGGCUUGCAGGAGAUCCGGACCGGGGCAUUCAGCGGCCUGAAAACCCUCAAGAGACUGCACCUCAACAACAACAAGCUGGAGGUACUGAGGGAGGACACCUUCCUGGGCCUGGAGAGCCUGGAGUACCUGCAGGCAGACUACAAUUACAUCAGUGCCAUCGAGGCAGGGGCGUUCAGCAAACUGAACAAGCUGAAAGUGCUCAUCCUGAAUGACAACCUGCUACUGUCCCUGCCCAGCAAUGUCUUUCGCUUUGUCUUGCUGACCCACCUCGACCUGAGGGGCAACAGGCUGAAAGUCAUGCCUUUCGCUGGUGUCCUUGAACACAUCGGGGGCAUCAUGGAGAUCCAGCUGGAGGAAAACCCGUGGAAUUGCACCUGCGAUUUGCUUCCCCUCAAGGCUUGGCUGGACACCAUCACCGUUUUCGUGGGUGAAAUUGUCUGUGAAACACCCUUCAGGUUGCAUGGGAAAGAUGUGACCCAACUGACCCGGCAAGAGCUCUGUCCCAGGAAAAGUGUUGGGGAAUCUAGCCAGAGGGGCAGCCAAGCUGACACACACAUCCAGAGGCUGUCGCCUACGAUGAAUCCUUCUCUUGGCCCAACCAGAGCUCCAAAAGCCAGCCGACCACCCAAAAUGAGAAACCGUCCAACUCCGCGAGUGACUGUGUCCAAGGACAGGCAGAGCUUCGGCCCGAUCAUGGUGUACCAGACCAAGUCUCCUGUGCCCUUCACCUGCCCCAGUAGCUGCGUCUGCACCUCUCAGAGCUCAGACAAUGGACUCAACGUGAACUGCCAAGAAAGGAAGUUCACUAAUAUCUCCGACCUGCAGCCCAAGCCUACCAGUCCAAAGAAACUCUACCUGACAGGGAACUAUCUUCAGACUGUCUAUAAGAAUGACCUCUCAGAAUACAGUUCUUUGGAUCUGUUGCAUUUAGGAAACAACAGGAUUGCAGUAAUUCAGGAAGGUGCAUUCACAAACCUGACUAGUUUACGCAGACUGUAUCUGAAUGGCAAUUACCUUGAAGUGCUGUAUCCUUCUAUGUUUGACGGACUGCAGAGCUUGCAGUAUCUCUAUUUAGAAUAUAACGUCAUUAAGGAAAUUAAGCCACUGACCUUCGAUUCUCUGAUUAACCUCCAGCUACUCUUUCUGAAUAACAACCUGUUGCGGUCCUUACCCGAUAAUAUCUUUGGGGGCACGGCCCUCACCAGGCUGAAUCUGAGAAACAAUCAUUUUUCUCACCUGCCCGUAAAAGGGGUUCUGGAUCAGCUUCCGGCUUUUAUCCAGAUAGAUCUGCAAGAGAAUCCAUGGGACUGCACCUGUGACAUCAUGGGGCUGAAGGAUUGGACAGAACAUGCCAAUUCCCCUGUCAUCAUCAACGAGGUGACGUGUGAGUCUCCUGCUAAGCAUGCGGGGGAGAUACUGAAGUUUCUAGGGAGAGAGGCUAUUUGUCCAGAAAGUCCCAACUUGUCAGAUGGCAUGGGCUUGUCAGUGAAUCACAACACAGACACGCCUCGGUCACUGAGUGUGUCUCCAAGUUCCUAUCCUGAACUACACACCGAAGUUCCGCUUUCUGUCUUAAUUUUAGGAUUGCUCGUUGUUUUUAUCCUAUCUGUCUGUUUCGGGGCUGGUUUAUUUGUCUUCGUUCUGAAACGCAGAAAGGGAGUGCCCAGUGUUCCCAGGAGUGGCACCAACUUAGAUGUCAGUUCCUUCCAGUUACAGUAUGGGUCUUAUAACACUGAAGCUCAUGAUAAGACUGAUGGCCACGUGUACAACUAUAUACCUCCACCUGUGGGUCAGAUGUGCCAAAACCCCAUCUACAUGCAGAAGGAAGGGGACCCGGUAGCUUAUUACCGAAACCUGCAAGAGUUCAACUAUGGCAACCUGGAGGAGAAAAAAGAAGAGCCAGCCACACUUGCUUACACAAUAAGUGCCACUGAGUUGCUGGAAAAGCAGGCCUCACCCAGAGAGCCUGAGGUGCUGUAUCAAAAUAUUGCUGAGCGAGUCAAGGAACUCCCCAGUGCAGGCCUAGUCCACUAUAACUUUUGUACCUUACCCAAAAGGCACUUCACCCCUUCAUAUGAAUCUCGACGCCAAAACCAAGACAGAAUCAAUAAAACCGUUUUAUAUGGAACUCCCAGGAAAUGCUUUGUGGGGCAGUCAAAACCCGACCACCCUUUACUGCAAGCUAAGCCGCAAUCAGAACCAGACUACCUCGAAGUUCUGGAAAAACAAACUGCAAUCAGUCAGCUGUGAAGGGAAAUCAUUUCCAGCCCCAUGGCAUCAAAGGAUGCUGCUCCAAACUGUCGGAAGCACUGCAUUCCCGCUCCUGCCGGUGUUCUCCUUUCCCAGCCUUAAUGCGGGACUUUGAAAAUGUUUGGAAAUGGGGUGAGGCGAUGGUAGUGCUGUUGCAGGUUUCCCUUUAAAUUAUUUCUCUCUUGCUUUCUCCUCUAUCUGUUUCUUUUUCUCUUCCUAGGAACCAUUAGUCAAUGUGAAUGUUCCUAUGAUUCAUUUUUUCUCAUGUAUUUCAUUGAUGCUCUUGUUUCUGGCUUUUAUUUUCCAGUAUGGGAGUAGAAAGAGGAGAUUAUAGUUAAUGAAGAGAGAACAGGCAAACUUUUCAAGUGAAAAUUUAGUCUAUUUCGUAGAAGAUCUCCAAAGAUCUUGUGGGACUGUAACUUCCUUUGUAAAUAGUGAUCUAUGCUAUUUCCAUCUUCAGUUACCAAGUGUAGCCACUGGGUAUCAUUUCUUUGUGUUAAAGUGCCUUUGCACUUUAAGUACAUUACUUAAAUGUUGCUUUUAGCUUUGAUAAAUUGAAAAUAUUUUAAUGUGUUGUAUUUUGAAAUUGAAAACACUGUAAAAAUAGACUGAUGUGUCAGCUAUGUGAAGUCAACACACAGCUUUCUUGAGUUACAGGAACAAGCCUGUCAUCAAAUGAUUCUAGUUCUAGGAUUCUAUAGACUUAACUGUAAAAUAUUUCCUUUCCUCUCGGUUUGUUUUCAGUGAUUUUAUUUAAGUCAAUUAAGGUGAUCUAAUAAUGGACUAGAGGUAAUAAGCCUCCUUAGUUGGGAUUAGUAAUUCAUUAAUAAAAUAUAUUUAACCCA